UUCAAUUCCGUUCGCAGCGCAGCGAAAAGUGGAAAAAAAACAGCCCAUAAAAAAGCCAGCCUGCGAGUUUGCAGAAGAAAAGUACAAAAACCAAGAACGCAGUUAGUUUUGCAACUUAAAAACUUAAAUCGCCAUUAUGUCCGAGGCGCACUUCGACGAGUACGAGCACUACAACUUCGACCAUGACAAGCACAUUUUCUCCGGCCACAGCGGAAAGCAGCGCUCCAAGAAGGAGGCCACCGAGCACACUAACCACUUCGACCCCUCUGGCCAUUCCCGCAAGAUUCUCACCAAGCUGAUGAACACCAACAACAACAAGAAGGCCGCCGCCUGCAAAAACUGAUGCAGGGCAUCUGCGGGGGCGAAGCAGCGGCAGCGGGAGUGCAAGAAGUAACGGGGAAAGGAGAGUGCAAGAGAAAAGAAAUCUUCGAAUUUAAAACGAAAAAAGGAGAAAAAGAAAAAAAACAGUGGAAUCACAGCAGUCGAAGCUGGAAAAGCUGGAAGUAAAGGAAAGAAAAGGAGAACCAGAGAGAGAGAACAACAAAAGCCACCUGGAAUACAAUCCACUUUGCAUUCGUAUUUGUGCAUUGGGUUUUCAUGCGGCGCAAAACUUUGUGAACUUUAUAAUAAUUUUAUUUCGCUUAUAAUUUCACAAACACAAAAAAAGGCAGAUAUUACUCUUAGCUUCUAAUAUAUUCCUAAAACUAAUUCAGACUUGUACGUUUUAGUUGCUAAGCCUUAGUGCGUUUCAAAUUAUGAAGUUUGAUUUAGGUAUUACUUAUAAAAUAAAGAGAAAACCAAAACUGAA